AUGGCAGAAUCAGGCGGCUGCUGCCGGUGCUGCUUCAGCUUCAUCUUCACUCUUGGCCUCACAGCCCUCUUCAUGUGGCUCAGCCUUCGCACCUCAAAUCCCACCUGCAAAGUCCGCUCAUUAUACAUUCCUGCCCUCAACAGGACCCUAAACGACACCACAAACAAGACCCUCUACGUCACCCUCAGGCUGGAGAACCACAACAAGGACAAGGGAAUUUACUACGAUGCCAUCAACCUCAAUUUCACUCUGCCCAACGCCACUAAGCCCAUAGCUACUGCUUUUGUGCCCAACUUCUACCAGGGGCAUCAGAAGAAGGCCACAAAGUCUGCGGUUGGGGAGCCCAAGGAGCUCAACUGGACAGCUGUCUCCAAUGCGACCUACUCUAAUGGGACUGUGCAUUUCAGGGUGGAUUUGGUCACCGCUGUGAGGUUCAAGAUCAUGUUCUGGAGGACCAAGAGGCACAGGUUGAUGGUUGGGGCAGAUGUGGUGGUCAACGACUCUGGGGGUUACGUCAACCCCAAGAACAAGAAGGAUAUCAAGCUCUCUGCUGCACCAGAUCAUCAGAUGAUUAAGUGCCUUCUUGGGCAGGUGGGGGUUUUUGCCAAUUUGUUGGUCUUGAUUUUGCUCAAUUUGUGA